AUGGCAUCACAAGCCAGUGGUAAUGCCCCAUGGCGAUCAGUCUGUCACGGGAAGGAUAACGCUGUAAUCCUCGGAUUUGUAGCCCGUGGUAAGACGCAAUGGAUGUGCGGGUAG